AACCGAAGCCAUAAUGUCCGUUAGUUUCGACAUUACGCUUGUAGCACAUCUUAGUGCUACACGAAUAUUUGGAAAAUUUGAAACACAUUUUUCACUUUGAGAAAACCAAGUGCGAAUUUGUUAUAGAAAACUUCAUUAUGAGUGAAAAUGUGAAAUUUAUUGUGACAGAAAUAAAUAAAUUAUUAGGACGAAAUUACAGUAUAAUCGGAUUCAAUACCUUAAACACUGAAGACUUAUUACAGAUAUUAUGCAGUGUUCUGAUGAAAAUACAACAACAAGAUGAUCCAGAUAGCGAUAUUAAAUUGAAUUCGCCAGAAGAAAAUUCUGUAUACAUUUUAACAGCUCUUCGAAUACUUAAUUAUCAACCUGAUGUGGAUCCCAUAACAUUUAGACAAGGUUUAGUUAGAGGUGACGUCGAAAUUAUUCAUCCGAUAUUAAAAUGGCUUUUGAUGCAUAUUGAUGUAGUUCAGAAAAGAGCAUAUUUGUCACAAUUUCUUGUCAAGGUUGAAAUUCCGUCCGAGUAUCUAGGAGAUUCAGAAACAUCCCUUUUAUACGAACAAUAUUUGUCUCUCAUUGACAGAUUUAAGACAGUUCACAAAGAAAGAGAAAUAGGGAAGAAAAAUGUUGAAACUGCUGUUGAGCUUGCAACGGAUCUACAAGCAAUGACAAAGGAAAAAGAAGCAGUAACAGCGCGUAUUGCUAAAAUUAAAUUAAAAGCUGAACCCGCGCUGCAUUUGCUAGACGCCUGCAAAUUGUUACGAACGGAAAAAGACAAAGAACGCAAUCUAAUAUCGCAGAAGGAGCAAGAGGAAGACACUAUUUCUGAUUUACAAAAUUCCCUUCAACGAGUCGAACGUGAAUUAUACAGUUUAAAACGCAACAGUACCGGACUCACACCACAAAUAUUAAUCCAACAUCUGACAGGGGAAGUAACAGUACAAUCUGCAAUUGUAAAAGAAAAGCUUCCAUCUGAGUUAAACGCAAAGAAGAAUCGGUUAAGAGCUUUAUCAAUAGUUAAGGAAUAUUCUUAUUUAGGUGCGGAUAAAAUUACGACUAUGAGAAAUAAUUUAGAUGUGAUAUCAAAGGCUAUACAAGAUUUAGUAGAAUCCAAAAUAUCUAAAAAUGAUAUCGAUAAAGUGGGACCGUUCAGACAACAAGCUGCUGCUGUUGGAAAUAUGAAACGAAAUGCCCUUGAACGUUUAGAAAAAAUAGAAAGUUCCUUAGAGGAAUUACAAUCAAGAUUAAAAGAGAAACAAGAUUAUUCAAAAAUUUUAUUGGAGACGUCAAUUCCUAGAGCAGAAGAAUUAAAAAGAUAUAUCAAUCGUUUAAAAACUAAAAGUUCAUUGUAUAAGCGUUGCAAAGCAGAGAAAGCUGGGCUGAAAGCAGAAAGUGGUGUGCUUCAACGAACAGUAACUAUUUUAGACGAACAGAUAAUUCAUUCUUAUUCAGUGAAUAUCACACCUAAAGUAAUAAUUCCAGAAAAUUAUACACUAGAUAACGCUUUAGCGACAAAUACUCAAUUAUCUCAUUCGAUAUUGGCUCUGCGAACCAAUCUUGCUCCGGUCAUAAAAGAUAUGAAAUCGUUACGGCAAACAGCACGCGAGACUGAUGAGAGAUAUCGAAAAGCAUGUAAAAGUCAUAACACAGUAGAAAUGAGUAUAAAAAAUACGACGAGUGAUUUAUUGUUGGAAACAAAACGUUUAAAGGAAAAAUUAUCACAGGAUACUAAAGAUAAGAAACAAUUGCAACAAAAAAUUACGAAAAUAAAACUUAUUGAAGAACAACUACGUAAUGAAGCCGAAACCAACAACAAUUUAAAUAAUGUUGGACAAACAUUCAAACGAGAGUUACAAAAUAUGAUUAUGGUAGAGGAAGAAACUUUACGAAAUUUGAACAAGGAACAAGAAAAGAUAAAAGAGUACAUUGUACAGUACGAGAAUAGAACGCAACAAUGGAAUACUAUUAUAUCAAUAUUUUCUUGUAAAAUUCAUUGUGCAGAAGAAAGUAAACAGACAGAUGGCAUAGUUGUACGAAAAGGAGGUACUGAAACUCUUGUAUUGCAAUAAAAUUAAUACCUAUACAU